GUGGCAGAGGCAAGAACGGAUUGCAGGAGGCUCGAGGUCCCGCUCUCGGCUCAGCUGUGGGGUCUGGCGGCCCCGCGGGUUGUCCUCUAUUGGGCUGUGGCCUACCCAGGCUUCAGGGGGCACUGGGCCGGAAGCCUGGGGGGCCGGGCCAGGGCGCUGGGUCGCUGGCCCCCAGCAGGGCCUCCCAGCGGGGUGGGAGCCAUAGUCUCGCGGGAAGGCGGCGGGCCGCUUUCGGGCCACCCCUCUCCAGUGUCGGUCCUGGAGGAAGGAUGGGUUUGAUGUUGGACACAGUGUGCCCUCUGGAAGCCAGCGGCUCAGUCUGCAUGUGUGGACUCCACUGACCCACUGGCUGGCACUUUCUUUCUUUUCCUUUUUUUUUCUUGCGGGAGAGUUCCUCCAAGUUGGGCUUGGAGCUGACUGGAGUGAGGCUGGUCAUGUGCUCGGGUACCUGUGACGGGGUGGCCCGAGAGCAGAUGACCAGGACUAGCUUUUAAUCCUCAGUGGUGAUUAGGAGAGAGCCCCGCUGGACUCCCACGGCCAUGUCUGGAUCCACUCAGCCCGUGGCACAGACAUGGAGGGCCACUGAGCCCCGCUACCCACCACAUGGCAUUUCCUACCCAGUGCAGAUUGCCCGGCCCCACACGGACGUCGGGCUGCUUGAGUAUCAGCAUCACCCUCGUGACUAUGCCUCCCACCUAUCACCUGGCUCCAUCAUCCAGCCCCAGAGGAGGAGGCCCUCCCUGCUUUCAGAGUUCCAGCCCGGGAAUGAACGGUCCCAGGAGCUCCACCUGCGAACCGAGUCCCACUCGUACCUGCCUGAGCUGGGCAAGGCAGAGAUGGAGUUCAUUGAGAGCAAGCGCCCUCGGCUGGAGCUGCUGCCAGACCCCCUGCUGCGGCCGUCCCCGCUGUUGGCCACGGGCCAGGCUGGCGGGUCUGAGGACCUCACCAAGGACCGUAGCCUGACGGGCAAGCUGGAACCGGUGUCUCCCCCAAGCCCCCCUCAUGCUGACGCUGACCUGGAGCUGGUACCUCCACGGCUCUCCAAGGAGGAGCUGAUCCAGAACAUGGACCGUGUGGACCGAGAGAUCACAAUGGUGGAGCAGCAGAUCUCUAAGCUGAAGAAGAAACAGCAACAGCUGGAGGAGGAGGCUGCCAAGCCGCCCGAGCCUGAGAAGCCUGUGUCACCGCCGCCCAUCGAGUCAAAGCAUCGCAGCUUGGUACAGAUCAUCUAUGACGAGAACCGGAAGAAGGCCGAAGCUGCACAUCGCAUUCUGGAAGGCCUGGGGCCCCAGGUGGAGUUGCCAUUGUAUAACCAGCCUUCUGACACCCGGCAGUAUCAUGAGAACAUCAAAAUAAACCAGGCGAUGCGGAAGAAGCUAAUCUUAUACUUCAAGAGGAGGAAUCACGCCCGGAAACAAUGGGAGCAGAAAUUCUGCCAGCGCUAUGACCAGCUUAUGGAGGCCUGGGAGAAGAAGGUGGAGCGCAUUGAGAAUAACCCCCGGCGGCGGGCCAAGGAGAGCAAGGUGCGCGAGUACUACGAGAAGCAGUUCCCAGAGAUCCGCAAGCAGCGGGAGCUGCAGGAGCGCAUGCAGAGCAGGGUGGGCCAGCGGGGCAGUGGGCUCUCCAUGUCGGCUGCCCGCAGCGAGCACGAGGUGUCCGAGAUCAUCGACGGCCUAUCAGAGCAGGAGAACCUGGAGAAGCAGAUGCGCCAGCUGGCUGUGAUCCCGCCGAUGCUGUACGACGCUGACCAGCAGCGCAUCAAGUUCAUAAACAUGAACGGCCUCAUGGAUGACCCCAUGAAGGUGUACAAAGACCGCCAGGUCAUGAACAUGUGGAGUGAGCAAGAGAAAGAGACCUUCCGGGAGAAGUUCAUGCAGCAUCCCAAGAACUUCGGCCUAAUCGCCUCGUUCCUGGAGAGGAAGACGGUGGCUGAGUGCGUGCUCUAUUACUACCUGACCAAGAAGAAUGAGAACUAUAAGAGCCUGGUGAGGCGGAGCUAUCGGCGUCGUGGCAAGAGCCAGCAGCAGCAACAGCAGCAGCAGCAGCAGCAGCAGCAGCAGAUGCCCCGGAGCAGCCAGGAGGAAAAAGAUGAGAAGGAGAAGGAGGCCGAGAAGGAGGAGGAGAAGCCGGAGGUGGAGAACGACAAGGAAGAGCUAAUCAAGGAAAAGACGGACGACACCUCAGGGGAAGACAACGACGAGAAGGAGGCAGUGGCUUCCAAAGGCCGCAAAACCGCCAACAGCCAGGGCCGGCGCAAAGGCCGCAUCACCCGCUCCAUGGCCAACGAGGCCAACAGUGAGGAGGCUGUCACCCCACAGCAGAGUGCCGAGCUAGCCUCGAUGGAGAUGAACGAGAGCUCUCGCUGGACUGAAGAAGAAAUGGAAACAGCCAAGAAAGGCCUCCUGGAACACGGCCGGAACUGGUCGGCCAUUGCCCGGAUGGUGGGCUCCAAGACGGUGUCCCAGUGUAAGAACUUCUACUUCAACUACAAGAAGAGGCAGAACCUCGAUGAGAUCCUACAGCAGCACAAGCUGAAGAUGGAGAAGGAGAGGAACGCGCGGAGGAAGAAAAAGAAAGCACCUGCAGCGGCCAGUGAGGAGGCUGCUUUCCCACCCGUGGUGGAGGAUGAGGAGAUGGAGGCAUCGGGCGUGAGCGGGAACGAGGAGGAGAUGGCGGAGGAGGUGGAAGCUUUACAUGCCUCUGGGAAUGAGGUGCCCAGAGGGGAAUGCAGUGGCGCAGCCACCAUCAACAACAGCUCCGACACUGAGAGCAUCCCCUCUCCCCGCACGGAGGCCGCCAAGGACACAGGGCAGAAUGGGCCCAAGCCCCUGCCUGCCCCAGGUGCUGACGGGCCACCCCCGGAGCCCCCUACCCCACCGCCAGAGGAUGCCCCAAUCCCCGCUGAGCCCACCCAGGACCCCGAACCUGCCACCUCACCCACGCCCUCACCGGCAUCUACGUCACCCUCUGCACCCCCUCCGGUGGUCCCCAAGGAGGAAAAGGAGGAAGAGGCUACUGCAGCAACCCCAGCAGAGGAAGGGAAUGAGCAGAAGGCUCCUGUGGCAGAAGAGCUAGUGACAGAGGCAGGGAAGGUUGAGGAGCCCGGGGCACCGGUGCCCGAGGAACCCACCAAGAGUGAAUGCAAGGAGGAGGCUGAGGCGGGCCCAGACAAGGGCAAGGGUGCUGAGGCCAGCGCCACUGAGCCUGCACCAGAGGGGGCAAUCAAAGUGGAGAAGGAGGCCACCAGCAGCAGGGCUACCACAGCCAAGGGCUCAGGCGCCCCCCAGGACAGCGACUCGAGUGCCACCUGCAGCGCUGAUGAGGUGGAUGAGCCAGAGGGUGGGGACAAGAACAGGCUGCUGUCCCCGAGGCCCAGCCUCCUCACCCCAGCCAGUGACCCCAGAGCCAACACCUCACCCCAGAAGCCACUGGACCUGAAGCAGCUGAAGCAGCGGGCGGCUGCCAUCCCCCCUAUUCAGGUCACCAAAGUCCACGAGUCCCCCCGGGAUGAUGCAGCCCCGCCUAAGCCAACCCCCCCUGCCCCGCUGCCACCUCAGCACCUGCAGCCAGAGGGCGACACCCCCCAGCAGUCCAGCAAUAGCCCUCGAGGCAAAAGUAGAAGCCCUGCACCCCCCGCUGACAAGGAGGCAGAGAAGCCUGCGUUCUUCCCAGCCUUUGCGGCCGAGGCCCAGAAGCUGCCUGGGGAGCCCCCUUGCUGGACCUCAGGGCUCCCCUUCUCCCUGCCCACCCGUGAGGUGAUCAAGGCCUCCCCACAUGCCCCCGACCCCUCAGCCUUCUCCUAUGCUCCACCUGGUCACCCACUGCCCCUGGGCCUCCAUGACAGUACCCGGGCUGUCCUGCCACGCCCACCUACCAUCUCCAACCCGCCACCCCUCAUUUCCUCUGCCAAGCACCCCAGCGUCCUUGAGCGACAGAUGGGUGCCAUCUCCCAGGGAAUGUCAGUCCAACUCCAUGUCCCAUACUCAGAGCACGCCAAGGCCCCUGUGGGCCCUAUCACCAUGGGACUACCCCUGGCCAUGGACCCCAAGAAACUGGCACCCUUCAGCGCAGUGAAGCAGGAGCAGCUGUCCCCACGGGGCCAGGCUGGGCCACCGGAGAGCCUGGGGGUCCCCACAGCCCAGGAGACAUCCGUGCUAAGAGGGACAGCUCUGAGCUCGGUUCCUGGUGGAAGCAUCACCAAAGGCACUCCAAGCACACGGGUGCCUCCGGAAAGCCCCAUCACCUACCGGGGCUCCAUCACCCACGGCACUCCAGCCGAUGUCCUGUACAAGGGCACCAUCACCAGGAUCAUUGGCGAGGACAGCCCAAGUCGCCUAGAGCGUAGCCGGGAGGAUGGCCUGCCCAAGGGCCAUGUCAUCUAUGAGGGCAAGAAGGGCCACGUCUUGUCCUAUGAGGGUGGUAUGUCUGUGUCCCAGUGCUCCAAGGAGGACGGCAGGAGCAGCUCAGGCCCUCCCCAUGAGACAGGUGCCCCUAAGCGCACCUACGACAUGAUGGAAGGCCGCGUCAGCAGGGCCAUCUCCUCAGCCAGCAUCGAAGGUCUCAUGGGCCGCGCCAUCCCACCUGAGCGACACAGCCCUCACCAUUUCAAAGAACAGCACCACAUCCGUGGGUCUAUCACUCAAGGGAUCCCGCGGUCCUACGUGGAGGCCCAGGAGGACUACCUGCGGCGGGAGGCCAAGCUCCUAAAGCGUGAGGGCACACCGCCGCCUCCCCCACCACCCCCACGGGACCUAGCCGAGGCCUACAAGACCCGACCAUUGGAGGCCCUGGGCCCACUGAAGCUGAAGCCAGCCCAUGAGGGCCUGGUGGCCACAGUGAAGGAGGCGGGCCGCUCAAUCCAUGAGAUUCCACGUGAGGAGCUGCGGCGCACACCAGAGUUGCCCCUGGCCCCACGGCCGGUCAAGGAGGGCUCCAUCACACAGGGCACCCCACUCAAGUAUGACACUAGCGCAUCCUCUGCUGGCUCCAAAAAGCACGAUGUGCGCUCCAUCAUCGGCAGCCCUGGCCGGACCUUCCCACCCGUGCACCCACUGGACGUGAUGGCUGACGCCCGGGCACUGGAACGCGUCUGCUACGAAGAGAGCCUAAAGAGCCGGUCGGGGGCUGCCAGCACCUCUGGGGCCUCCAUCGCGCGUGGGGCCCCAGUCAUCGUGCCUGAGCUGGGCAAGCCACGGCAGAGCCCCCUGGGCUACGAGGACCACGGGGCACCCUUCACGGGACAUCUACCACGUGGCUCACCUGGGACCACACGGGAACCCACACCACGCCUGCAGGAGGGCAGUCUCUCAUCCAGCAAGUCAUCCCAGGAUCGAAAGUUGACAUCAACACCCCGGGAGAUCGCCAAAUCCCCGCAUAGCGCCGUGCCUGAGCACCACCCACACCCCAUCUCUCCCUACGAGCACCUGAUACGGGGUGUGAGUGGCGUCGACUUGUACCGUGGCCACAUCCCACUGGCCUUUGACCCCACCUCCAUCCCCCGUGGGAUCCCUCUGGAUGCAGCAGCUGCUGCCUAUUAUCUGCCCCGGCACCUGGCUCCCAACCCCACCUACCCACACCUGUACCCACCUUACCUCAUCCGCGGCUACCCUGACACGGCGGCUCUGGAGAACCGCCAGACCAUCAUCAACGACUACAUCACCUCACAGCAGAUGCACCACAACGCGGCCACUGCCAUGGCCCAGCGAGCCGACAUGCUGAGGGGCCUCUCACCCCGCGAGUCCUCACUGGCCCUCAAUUAUGCUGCCGGCCCUCGAGGCAUCAUCGAUUUGUCCCAAGUGCCACAUCUGCCCGUGCUGGUGCCACCAACGCCAGGCACCCCAGCCACUACCAUGGACCGCCUCGCCUACCUCCCCACUGCACCCCAGCCUUUCAGCAGCCGCCCCAGCAGUUCCCCGCUCUCCCCAGGAGGCCCCACUCACUUGUCAAAACCAACCACCACGUCCUCGUCUGAGAGGGAGCGUGAGCGGGAGAAGUCCAUCCUCACAUCCACCACGACGGUGGAGCACGCACCCAUCUGGAGACCCGGUACAGAGCAGAGCAGCAGCGGCGGCGGGGGUGGGGGCAGCAGCCGCCCCUCCUCCCAUUCCCAUGCCCACCAGCACUCGCCCAUCUCCCCUCGGACCCAGGAUGCUCUCCAGCAGAGGCCCAGUGUGCUACACAACACGGGUGUGAAGGGCAUCAUCACCUCUGUGGAGCCCAGCACGCCCACGGUCCUGAGGUGGGCCAGGUCCACUUCCACCUCCUCACCUGUUCGCCCAGCUGCCACAUUCCCACCUGCCACCCACUGCCCACUGGGCAGCACCCUGGAUGGGGCCUACUCCACCCUCAUGGAGCCCGUCUUGCUGCCCAAGGAGGCUCCUCGGGUUGCCCGGCCGGAGCGGCCCCGUGCGGACACUGGCCACGCCUUCCUCACCAAGCCCCCAGCCCGCUCUGGGUUGGAGCCUGCCUCAUCCCCCAGCAAGGGCUCUGAGCCCCGGCCCCUUGCACCCCCUGGGUCCAGCCACUCGGCCAUCACCCGCACCCCAGCGAAGAGCCUCGCACCCCGCCACGCCAGCCCGGACCAGCCAGCGCCGCCCGCCUCGGCCUCGGAGCCACACCGGGAAAAGACUCAAAGUAAACCCUUUUCCAUCCAGGAACUGGAGCUCCGUUCUCUGGGUAAGACCACCCUGACAGCAGCCACCUUCAUAGACGCGAUAAUCAUGCGUCAAAUUGCUCACGAUAAAGGGGCGCGAGAAGGCGGCUCGCUGGCCAACGGCUCCCCUCGAGAUGGUUACCAUGGCAGCAGCUACAGCCCCGAAGGGGUGGAGCCGGUCAGCCCUGUGAGCUCGCCCAGCCUGACCCAUGACAAGGGGCUCCCCAAGCACCUUGAGGAGCUUGACAAGAGCCACCUGGAGGGGGAGCUACGGCCCAAGCAACCAGGCCCCGUGAAGCUUGGUGGUGAGGCCACUCACCUCCCGAACCUGCGGACACUGCCCGAGAGCCAGCCCUCAUCCAGCCCACUGCUGCAGACCACCCCGGGGGUCAAAGGUCACCAGCGGGUGGUCACCUUGGCUCAGCACAUCAGUGAGGUCAUCACGCAGGACUACACACGGCACCACCCUCAGCAGCUGCCCGCACCCCUGCCCGCCCCCCUCUACUCCUUCCCUGGGGCCAGCUGCCCUGUCCUAGACCUCCGCCGGCCACCCAGUGAGCUUUACCUCCCACCCCCGGACCAUGGUGCCCCGGCCCGCGGCUCACCCCACAGCGAAGGGGGCAAGAGGUCUCCAGAGCCGAGCAAGACGUCGGUCCUGGGUGGGGGUGAGGAUGGGAUUGAGCCUGUGUCCCCACCAGAGGGCAUGACAGAGCCAGGGCAUGCCCGGAGUGCCGUGUACCCGCUGCUAUACCGGGACGGGGAGCCCACAGAGCCCAGCAGGAUGGGCUCCAAGUCUCCAGGCAACACCAGCCAGCCGCCAGCCUUCUUCAGCAAGCUAACAGAGAGCAACUCUGCCAUGGUCAAGUCUAAGAAGCAGGAGAUCAACAAGAAGCUCAACACCCACAAUCGGAAUGAGCCUGAAUACAAUAUUGGCCAGCCUGGAACUGAGAUCUUCAACAUGCCUGCCAUCACCGGAGCAGGCCUUAUGACCUGUAGAAGCCAGGCGGUGCAGGAGCAUGCCAGCACCAACAUGGGGCUGGAGGCCAUUAUUAGAAAGGCACUCAUGGGUAAAUAUGAUCAGUGGGAAGAGCCCCCGCCGCUCAGCGCCAAUGCUUUUAACCCUCUGAAUGCCAGUGCCAGCCUGCCCGCUGCUAUGCCCAUAACUGCUGCUGACGGACGGAGUGACCACACGCUCACCUCGCCAGGUGGUGGUGGGAAGACCAAGGUCUCUGGCAGACCCAGCAGCCGAAAAGCCAAGUCCCCGGCCCCAGGCCUGGCGUCUGGGGACCGACCACCCUCCGUUUCUUCAGUGCACUCGGAGGGAGACUGCAACCGCCGGACACCACUCACCAACCGUGUGUGGGAGGACCGGCCCUCGUCUGCAGGUUCCACGCCAUUCCCCUACAACCCCUUGAUCAUGCGGCUGCAAGCAGGCGUCAUGGCCUCCCCACCCCCGCCAGGCCUCCCCUCGGGCAGUGGGCCUCUCGCCGGCCCCCACCACGCCUGGGACGAGGAGCCCAAGCCACUGCUCUGCUCACAGUAUGAGACGCUCUCAGAUAGCGAGUGACUCAGAAUGGUGUGGGGGGUGGUGCCAGGUCCCAGCAAGUGGCAGGAGCAGCCUGGGGUGGAGUGGGGCAGCUGCCAACUCCCCCCACCGAGAAAGGAGCCCCUGAGUCUGCCUGUGCAUCCAUCCGUCCGUCCAUCCAGAGCCGGCAUCCUUGCCUGUCUAAAGCCUUAACUAAGACUCCCACCCCGGGCUGGCCCUGUGCAGUGACCUUACUCAGGGGAUGUUUACCUGGUGCUCGGGAGGGGAGGGGAAGGGAGGGACUGGGGAGGGGGUGUGGCAGGCGUGUGGUAGCCACACGCAGGCAGCCAGGACGGCUAGGGACCCAAAGCAGGAUGACCACGCACCUCCAUGCCACUGCUUCCCCCUUAAUGCAUUUGGAACCAAAGUCUAAACUGAGCUAGCAGCCCGCGCACCCUCCCUCCGCCUCCCAUCCCGCUUAGCGCUCUGGACAGAUGGACACAGGGCCUGUCCAGCCCCCAGCGCGCUUGUUCCGGUCCCCACAGGCUGCUCCAGCCAUCAAGAUUGCUGGAAACCAAGUCAGGCCAGGUAGGCGGACUAAAGGGCCAGGUGCAGCCUGGGGCGAGUGGAUGCUCCGAGGAACUGGACUGUUUUUUCACACAUCGUUGCCGCAGCGGUGGGAAGGAAAGGCAGAUGUAAAUGAUGUAUUGGUUUACAGGGUAUAUUUUUGAUACCUUCAAUGAAUUAAUUCAGAUGUUUUACGCGAGGAAGGACUUAACCCAGUAUUAUUGCUGCUGUGCUUUCGAUCUCCGCUUACCGUUCGAGGCGUGUGCAGGCUGACGGUCACCCCAUCGUCUGCAGGACCAAGGGGGCAGGAGCCACCAGCUCAUGAGCCCCUCUGUGUCUUCCCUCCCUCCCUCCCUUGGGCAGAAUGAAUUUGAUGCAUAUUCUGUGGCCGCCAUCUGCGCAAGGCUGUGGUGUUGUCAUUUACACACGUCGUUCUAAUUAAAAAGCGAAUUAUACU